CUCGCCAUGUUAUCGAGGAAACGCGUCGGACGAGAGUGUCGUUCUACUAGGAGGUGAACGUGAAACGUGGCGCUUUUAGAGCAGUAACAUCUCUUAAACCUCGAUCAUCCCGUUCAUUCAGUCUUGAUUUACGCUGCUGCCGGUCGGCACAGCAGCUGGCCCGAACGAUUUUCCGUCAUCAAGUGACAGGCCGAAGCGGCUGCCAUGGAUUUUUAAGGCAUGAUGCGGCACCUCUAAUGCAGUGGCAAUGCAUAGUGCAAGGCAAACCCCCCUGCGAAAUACCAUCUUCGCAACUGCCAAGCAGUUGGGCUCAAGUACCGUUCGCGGUAUCCCUGCGAGCCAACCGGUACCGCUUCUCCUUGACCGGAGGAAGGUAACUAGCUAGCCGUUUUAACUAGCAACAACGACAGUGUUUUUGAUCCAUCGACUCAUCUGAACGUCAAAAUGAAACCUCAAGACAUAAUCAGUGGGAAGAGCAGCCUGUGGAUCUUCGGGUACGGGUCUCUGGUGUGGAAGCCAGACUUCAAGUACAAGAGGAGCGAGGUCGGUCACAUUAAAGGCUACAAGAGGCGCUUCUGGCACGGAGACAACUUCCACAGAGGAAGUGAUGAGUUGCCCGGAAGAGUGGUGACGCUGAUUGAAGAUGAUGACGCAGCAACUUGGGGUGUGGCGUUUGAGGUGUCUGGCUCACAGGUGGAGGAGUCCCUCAAGUACCUCAACGUCCGUGAGACGGUCUGCGGUGGCUACGUCACAAAGAUGGUGGAUUUCUUCCCCGAUGGGGAGAACGAGCCGCCAGUUUCCGCCUUGGUGUACAUCGCCACUUCAGACAACACCCUAUACCUGGGACCGGCCAGUCCAGAGGAGAUUGGCGCCCAGAUUGCAAUGUGCAGAGGGAAAACUGGUCACAACCUGGAGUACCUGGUUCGGCUGGCAGAGUUCAUGAGGAACAGCUGCCCACAUGUGGAAGACCGUCACCUUUUCUCCAUCGAGGCAGCAGCGCUAACUGUGGUGUCUUAUCUGUUGGCAGCUCAGUAGCUCGUACCCUUCGUUUCACUUGCUAAGAGGCUCUUUCUGUAAUACACCUGUUUGUGUGUUGUGCAGGUUCACACAGCCAUCCAAGAGUGAAAGGGGAGCGUGUUAAACAUGUCUGUACACUACCGUGAAACUUGCAGUCACCAACUGUAAACUUGGUGCGUUUUGGCUUUAGGUUUGUUCCAUCAAAUUUGAUGCCGUCCACUUAACCGACUACAUGUUUGUGAAACCACUGUACCGGAUGGCCGCUGUAACAAAAGUCCAACAAUAAAGCUGAAAAGACAA